AUGAACUAUGAUGCUCAGCAAUAUUCAUUCCCUCAUGGCUUGGCUACAACCUCUCAGCUUCAUUUGCGACAACAGCAGCAACAGCAUCAGUUUCAGCAACAGCAUCACAUCUUCCAUCAACAGCAGCAACAGUAUAGCCAAGCUGUUCCUACAUCCAGUGUUUAUCAUUUUCAGUUUGGAGGAGCAGGUGGCCCCAUCAACCGAGUGCUACAGCACAAGGACGUACACUCCAUGGGGAUGUCAGCCAACAUGCAGCAGCCUGCAGUGGCCAGCCAAAGCUUUGUCCAACAGCCUUUCAUUAAGCAAGCUGUUCCGGUGGCAUUGGACGGCAAUUCUGUUGUCAUUAGCAGCCUCAAUGGAAUGAUAUACUCACAGCAGAAGAGUCAUGUGAACAGCUUACCAGACCUCGAGAAAAGAUUGGUGCUACAGUCAGAAGAAGACGUGGCUGCGCAGCAAGGUUUGAUUGGCGUAGAUAUGGUGGCAGCCCCACGUUUGACAGAGCCAAGUGGAGAUGUGCUGCGGCAACAGCUGCCAUCUGGUAUGAAUGUUGCAAGUCAGCAUAUCUUCUAUGAUAAAUCAGAUAGUUCAGACUGGCUACAACCUUCACGGGUGAGCUCUGCAGGAGGUGCACACCAGACCAAGGGUGGUCAGAGCACGUUACCUUCGUUCAGUCAUGUGUGGUCACAGCUGUCACAGCAGAAACAAGUGGGCCAGCUUCAACAACACAAGCAUAUCCAGCAGUACCACUCACAGCAACAAACCCAGCAUCUCUUUCAACAACAGCAGCAGCAGCAGCAACAUAUAUCCAGCUGGUCAGGCUUUAUCAGGAAUUCAAGCCCUCAGGAUACAGCAGAAAAAUCUACAGUGCAGACAUCUGUCCUGCCUCAGGAGUUCAAAUGCUUGUCUGCCCCACAGACCAGUCUGCUCUCUACAUAUAAUGUCUGUCAAGAAGCUCCCCAGACAGGCAAGGUAAUACAGUUUUUAGAUAAAGAUGAUGCGGUGCAGGCACAAGUGUUUCCUUCACAAUCAUCUGCUCAGUCUUCAACAAAUUACACUGAGAACCGUCCUGCUAGAGCAGUCACAUACACAGAAUCAGGGCCUCCAAAGUUUACGGUCACUCUGGACUCUCUGUCGCACAGUGAAACUUUCUCUCUCAAACACUUCUCAGAGAGCUCCUCAGAUUUCAAGCCUGCGCCAGUGAAGUUUGCCAGUGGUUCGGCAUCGCCUAUGGUCCUCAACAACUUGCAGCCUCCACAAGAGUGGCAGGUGCCACAACAGCAAGUUCAGCUGCCAAAACCCUUCCUGCACACCUCUUCCAUGGGGAGCUCAUUUGAGAGGUGUUCUUCAGAGAGUUCUAGCUUCUCCUCGCCUCCGUACACAUUUACUCCGCCCAGCAGUGUUGAUCUCAUGUUCUCACCAGACAGCUGUCACCUCUCCAAAACUGCAUCAGGCAGCUCACCCUCGUCAUCAUCAUCAUUAUCAUCAUCAUCUGGUAGAACUUCAGCACUUUCUUCUUCUUCGUCAUCAUUUAUAUCAUCAUCAUCAUCAUCCCCAACUGCAGGUAUCCCACUGUGGCCUGGGAUCCAUUCUACAGAUGCAAUAGUUCCUAUGGUAACAACUGCUUCUUCUGUAGUCUCAUUUACCUGUACAACAGCAACAGUUGUGUUCAGCUGCAGCAGUGUGGCCCUAACAACCACUUCUGUGACAUCAACAACUGCCAGCCCAGCAGAACGACCUCACAGACCGUCUGUUCACUCCAGAUUGCUCCCAGCCACUGUCGGGACUGACACAGCCAGUCUCUGUCCUCGCUCGGGUUCAGGAUCAUUAGCGACCACCUUGCACUCCUCAGCCAAGCAGAUACAAGUUCCUUACAGCUGGCACCGAAUGUGUGAGAAUGGAGUGAUUGUGUAUGUGAGUCCUAGUGGUACCAUCCUGCGGUCUCUGGAGCAGAUCUGUGCCUACCUGCUGAGUGACACCACCUGCAAGUGUGGCCUGGACUUUGAUCCAUGUGCAGAGAGUCAACCUUGGACAGUUGGCCCUGGCAAUAAGCACCUGGCAAAUCUUUGCAACCACAGGCGGGAAGUCCUAGCCUUGGCAGCCUUCCACAGCUCUCAGGCUGCUACUGCAGAUAUGGCUGUGGAGACAGUAAAGAAAAGACAGCCUAGUAAGUCGGCCAGCGCUGAAGCAUUGAUUGUCGCUCCACUGAAGAAGCUAAAAACCAGCAUCACCAAUGCUGUCAACAGACAUGCAGUCUCUGUGGGGCAUUUCCAGGGCAAGCCAAUGUCAUUCAGCCGGCACACAGCGGUGGCUCCCACCACUCUACCAGUUACAGGAAGCUGUGGCAGUGUAUAUCAGGGCCAGAUGAAAAGCAGCUUUGAUGAUCACAGAUCAGGUCUCAGAAGAAUAAUGAGGGAAUGCUUUCCCCAAGCAGCUUUGAUGACAAUAGAUCAAGAUCUCACAAAGAUAAUGAGGGAAUGCUUUUCCCAAGCAUCUUUUUUGAUCAUCAAUCAAGCCAGUCAGGACCUGUUCUACCCGCAGAGCCCUGUAUACACACAUCUAGCUGGCAUCAGCCAGCGCCAGACUCCAAGAUUUCAUUCAACAUUGUGGAAGACAGACACCCAGAGUUCCCCAGCAGCAGUGCCACAUUCUCCGAGACCAUACCCAGCAAAUGUUCUUGUACAGUACUCACAUUGUGACCAUCCUCAGUCAACUGCUUCUUUGAGACAUACUCCAGCUGAUGUGCCAUCCUUGGGCCACCGCCCUUUGGUUGAUCUUAGAAAAAGUAAGUCCAAACGGCCAAAGAGCAAAAAGGAGAAGCAGAAACUUGUAAACUGUAUAGUUGAUCGCAGCUCCCCUUGCUCAAAAACCUGGACAAAAGUCUCUAAAGUUGCUGCGGUGCCAUCCACAUCCGCUUCUUUCUUUGGGAACCCAAUUGUGUUUGUUGAGCAGCAGACUGCAAUCAUCAACAGUUCCAUAGCUUCAUGUCACAUGGCUUGUACCAGCCCUUCUCCACAUUGUGAAGCAGUCAAGGCGGCCACACACCGACCAGUCAUUGAUAUAGUCAAGACAGUUACCAAACGAACAGCUGAUGACACAGUCAGAGCGGCCACCUGGCAAACAGCCAGUGACAUGGUGAAGGCAACCACCCACCAAACAGCCAGUGACACGGUGAAGACAGCCACCCACCAAACAGCCAGUGACAUGGUGAAGACAGCCACCCACCAAACAGCCAUUGACAUGGUGAAGACAGCCACCCACCAAACAGCCAGUGACACAGUCAAGGCUGCUACCUGCCAGCCAGCCAGAGAAACAGUUCCUGGCAGCAGGAUCAGCAUAGUUGCCAUUGAAGCUGUCAGAAGUCAGGCUCUGAGAGACCUAGAGAAAAGCACCAUUGUAGACAAGGAUGAGGAGGAUGACCAAAAGACAGCAACUGACUUGGACAGCAAUAAAAGUUUUUCAGAUACAACAGACAAUAAUGACUCUGCUUAUCUCAGCCAGACAGGCAGUGACCUGGACAGGUCUGACACAGCUGAUGGCUUAGAUUCCUGCUCAGAAACCAAAUUUGCGCCUGUCACAAGCAUUUACUCUCAAAACUUGUCCAAACCAAGUGAGAGUAGAAAGAGCCCUGAGUUGACACAUGCAGAUGAAGCAUCACAGCGGAUGAUGAUUUCCCCAGCUGAUUGUGUAGUGCUCCAGAGAAAACCUGCAAGUAAAUCGCAACCUCAGUUCUGUCCAGUGUCUGCUGUAGGUCAGUUGUCCAGUCCUGCCGCAGAAUCACAGGUUGGCCCUGCAGUGGUCAUAUACAGGAGACCGACUGACACUCUGAAGGACGAUAUGGAAGUGUGCCAGAAAAGCGUGCCCAGUUGUCUGACUGGAGAUUUGUCUAAUUUGUUGGCAUCGAAUAACUGGAACAUUCCAGCACUGCAACAGGUCCUGGCCCAGUACAGUAGUGGGCAGCCAGGGCAGUUAAACAGCACGCUUCAGAAUGGCCGGUCUCAAACAGUUGCCCACUCUCAAACACUUGCCACAGGUGCCCACUCUCAAACACUUGCCCCAGGUGCCCACUCUCAAACACUUGCCACAGGUGCCCACUCUCAAACACUUGCCACAGGUGCCCACUCUCAAACACUUGCCCCAGGUUCCCACUCUCAAAUACUUGCCUCAGGUGCCCACUCUCAAACACUUGCCCCAGGUGCCCACUCUCAAACACUUGCCCCAGGUGCACACUCUCAAACACUUGCCACAAGUGCCCACUCUCAAACACUUGCCCCAGGUGCCCACUCUCAAACAGUUGCCACAGGUGCCCACUCUCAAACACUUGCCACAGGUGCCCACUCUCAAACACUUGCCUCAGGUGCCCACUCUCAAACACUUGCCACAGGUGCCCACUUCCCUGCCAGCAACUUGCUGUCUGCUGCGGCUCGUGCUCAGCUGCAUGACCAGCACAAAGUUCACAUCACAUCCACAUUUGCACAUGACCAGCACAAAUUACACAUCCCAUCCACACUUGCAUAUGACCAGCACAUCCCAUCCACACUUGCACAUGACCAGCACAAAGUACACAUCCCAUCCACACUUGCACACCAACAGCUAAGCUCUGCAGCGGUACCACCAUCCCUUAUGGACAACUUGUCUGGUUCAUCUGUGAGUAGUUCUCUCUGUGACCUGACAGCUGCAAGAGUAUCUCCAGCUGUAAUUGGAGCUGCCACUGUUACGCAGUCACCCCAUAUCCAGUGCUUGUAUCCACAUAUGACCAAAAGUGCCAGUUUGGUAGGCAACUUUAUGCAAUUGCCAGCAGGGAGUGUUGCUGUGAAUAUGUUGUUGCCAGGUAACUCACAUGGGCAGAUACUUCCUUCAGAUGUGAUUCAUACCAGAACAUUGACAGCAGAUCGGGAGGUCACGGUUGAACAGGGAACACCCGUGGGACCUGGACUGUUACCUCAGACAUCAGAUGCUGGACACCAGAUGCAGUUACCAGUGGCCUCAGUAAUGGCCUCAAGCCUGGGACCUAAUGUUGCCCAGUGUAGCCCCGAGGGGAACGUGCUGCUGCUCAACAACCUGUCACCAAGGAUGAUAGUCAGUGCUGCCAUGCCACCAGUGCCUGUCUCCAUUGUGACGAACGUGACACAGUCUGUGAUGCCUCAGGUGGUUCCAGCCAUCAGCCUCAAGCAGACAGCGCUUGGCAACCAGCAGACCAGUGCUCAGGUUCUGGGUGCUGGGGGACCCAUCACCGGCACAACUCCUCAAGCUGUCCAUGGAAGACACAUUGUGAACCCAACAUGUGCCAGCACACAGCUUGUUGGCAACCCACCUCCGACAGCCCAGAUUGUCAACACCCUCUCCCUUCAAGGCUUACGUAACCAGCUGGUCAUCAGUGGCCCCAUGCAGCAGGUCUCUCCAUCCAUAUCCCAGCUGUCUCCUGCUCUAGCAGCCCAGAUUUUAACUCACCGAGGUCACCAGCAGCUGCAACAAAUGUCGCCAUCUUUUCUGCCCAGCCAGCUCCCUACAUCAGCCAGUCAGAACAUGGUGGCCACUGUGCCGCUGCCAGCUCUGGUAGCAGCCACCUCAUGCAGCCUGGACUCUACUGCAUCAGCAGUUGUCAGUGCUAACAUUCACAAGAAUAUUGAAGCACACAAACUCCUGGACACAGCUGAGAUGGUAAAUAAAGUGUCUGUGGCUACAGAUAGCCUGGCACCCUUGAGCAGCAGUUCGUUGUAUGCGGCAACAAGCCAGCCAGUGUUUGUGAUACCACAACCCAGGGCCAAUCCUUUAGUGCAGGUAUUAGCACCAGCACAGACAUUGAACACAAGCACCAGCCUCACAGAUAUACAUCUCCAACAGAAUGCUUUAUCACAGAUAUUUGGGCAGUCUGCAUCAAUUGACCAGUCACAGCUGGCAGUGCAGCAGAUGGUGAAUGCAGUCAGCUUGAGUGGUGUUCAGCAGAAGCAGCAACUGCAGAUUGUUCAGCUGCAGCAGUUAAUGCUUCAACAGUUUCAUAACCAGGGACAGAACAUUCAAGGCAUCACACUGCCGCUGAACCAGACCUCCAGCCACGGUCAAGCAACAGGCGUGGCCACCCCAGCUCUGGUCAGUGUGCCCCAGCAGCAAGCAGUACAGGUUAGAAACUCCAGCAGCUUACACUCCAGCCUGUCCCCACUGGGCCAGAGCUAUCAGCUGCAGCAGAUGCCUUCAGUAUUGGCAGUGCAGCAGGUGACAUCUGUCAGUUCUGGAGCUGCAGUUGGUGUUAUGCAGAUUGGAGGUGUGCAGGCUUCAGGCCAGCACUCACAGACAGGUCAUUCCCUUCAGCAGCAGUCACUGUUUUCAGACUCCACUUCUGAGAGCAGUCAGACAGCAAUCGCAGAUGUGGCUGCUGCUGCCUCUCAUGAGCCACAGCGCCUUUCUACAGCUUUGACCCAGCACUUGGCCACAACUUGCUCUCAGUCUGCAGUAACCAAUUUGCCUGUGGUAAAACCCUGUCAGCCUGCUAAACCCAAGCCAAAGUCCAAGUGUAAAAGGUCAGAAAACAAGAAAUCUGUCCACCCAGAGACUGAGAGAAAUGAGGAGGAUGUAGCAGCCACAGUCCAGCAGAUCUUAGCUCAGGCCGUUCAACAGCAGAGAGAGUUAAGUUUGGCUGCCAAGAAUCAGCCCCUACCACCCCCGAAAGGUAAGAGUAAGAAGUCACGGUCAAAGACUAGCCAAGCUGCUAAAGAGCAUGACCUGGGAAGGCUGGCCAGUAUCUCAGAUGAUGUGACAGUUCUCAGAUCAGAUCACUUGCCAGAGCUAUCCCAGCCAGCUGGUGUGCUGGAGCCACAGUAUUUCAUCAAGUCUAGCCUCAGUGAUGUCCACCAAUCACAGCACAGGGUGCUGGCUGCCUCAUCACCAGGCUUGCUUCAUGUGAGCACCGUGACAAACAGCAGCCCCAGACAGGCCGCCACCUGGGAGGAACAUGCUGUAGGCGAUGCCAACCCUCUUGGCUGCAGCAUCAAAAGAUCCUCCAUCUCCCUGAAAGAUCAUUUAUCUUUCAUUAUCUCCAAGGACAAAGACGGUCAUAGUAAGAGGUCUACUGCAGAAGUGCAGCCACAAGCUAAAACAUGGGCAGGCCUCACACUACAGCCCACACCUUUGCUGACUGGCUUCACAUCACAGCUGCCUGCCACAGUCAGCUCUGACAUCUUGUUUCAGUCAAAGAUCUAG